AUGGCCUCCUCCUUGUUGUCCUACCUCCCGCAAACCGAUGGACUUCUGCCGAAAUGGCAGCUUGUGGUUGCUGCCGCUGCGGUGUUCAACACUGUGCAAAACUUCGCGACCUUGAAGCUCACGCGGAGACUAUAUAACCAAGCUCCUGCAGUCACUGCACUCCAAGCACGAACCUUCGCCGUAUGGACCCUUACGGCGGCCGUCGUGCGAUUCUACGCUGCGUACCACAUAUCUAACAAACCGAUAUACGACAUGACGCUCUUCACCUACCUCAUUGCGUUCGGUCACUUCACAUCCGAGCUUUUCAUUUAUGGCACAGCGAAGCCCAACGCAGGAAUCAUCAUGCCCUGCAUCGUCUCCACUGUUUCCCUCGUGUGGAUGUUCCAGCAGUACGAAUUCUACGUCAAACAGUGA